ACAGGAGAAAUCCAGCUGCUCGAGGGUAUAUAAGAGACAAGCUGCAGCCAGACAAACCAACUCGACCUCUGACCGGACUGUAGCACUAUGAUGGCUGGAUCUUCCCUGAUUUCCUCUCUCUUACUGGUGACCUGUGUUCUCCUGCCCCUCUGUGCUGCUCAAGCGAGCUGCAGGGGGCGAUGUGGAGAGCCCUUCAGCCGGGGUCAGCUGUGUAACUGUGACAACGACUGCAUCACUCACGACGAAUGCUGCAAGGACUAUGAGGACGUCUGCACUUCCCGUGGAUCAUGCAGGGGUCGGUGUGGGGAGGCCUUUCUGAGGGGGAAGGAGUGCGAGUGCGACCUGGACUGCACUCUCUACAACACCUGCUGCUCCGACUACCUCCAACAAUGCGACGCCACUGACAGAGCACUAGCAGCCAAGAGUGCUAAGGAGUCCAAGCCAACAGGGCGACCCAAGAUCAAACCACAGGAGAAACCAGAUAUGCAGCCUCUGAAAGCUCCCAAGAAGCCGUCAGACAGCGAGAGUGAGGAGAUGAGCAGAGUGUUUUCAGACUACGCUGACGCUCAGGUCGGGUCAACACCAUCCCCAACUGAGAGCGGUCCAGGGGUUUUAAGACGUGGAGCUGGACCCGCUGUUUUGGACAGUCUGAGUGAGUUAAUGCCGAUAGUCAAAGAUCCAGCUGACCCCACUGGAGCCCCUCUGCCUCUUAACCCUGGGCUCUACACUGUGCUACCUGCCAACCCUGCAGCUAACGCACCAGCAUUAGGGGGUCCUGCAGCAAGUUCACCUCAGCCUGAAGCUUCUUCAGGGAAACCGCUCACGAUCCCCAUAAAAGUGUCCCUCUCUAUCAGUGGACAUGCUGGUGGACCUGCGGGUGGGUCUCCCAGCCUUCUCCCCAGCGAAUCUGGACCUGCAGGCGGAGCCCACAGCCUCUUCCCCACUGGACCUGGACCUGCAGGGGGGGCCCCCAGCCUUCUCCCCAAUGGACCCGGACUUGCCAGUGGAGCUGGACCUGCAGGUGGAGCUGGAAGACCCAGCACGCUGGCGGAUAUCACUCAGGCCCUGGGGGCCAACAUUCCAGCAGGAUUACCUCAUGAGAGCUCCAGCCCUGACCUCUGUAACGGCCUUCCCAUCGACGCUCUGACCUCACUGUUCAACGGCUCCAUCAUCGUCUUCAGAGGUCAAUUCUUCUGGCUGCUGGACCCUAAGACCAGAGUGGCCAGUCCUGCCCAGAACAUCACAGAACAACUGGGCGUUCCCUCCCCCAUUGAUACAGCCUUCACCCGCUGCAAUUGCCAGGGCAAGACCUUCAUCAUCAAGGGUGACAAUUACUGGGUUUUUGAGAAUGGCGUGAUGGAGCCAGGCUACCCCAGGUCUCUGUCUCAGGACUUUGACGGGCUUUCUGGAGAAAUCAGUGCUGCUCUGUCUGUGCCUGCCACCCGCAAGAGGCCUGAGGCCAUUUACUUCUUCAAGAAAGGUGAUACAAUGCAGAAGUUUUCAUACCCGGCUGGAAGCGGCCCAACCUGCACUGGAAAGAAAAUGAAAAAUUCUGUUUCCAAGAUCCGCCGCGCUCGCCAAGCAGAGAUCCGCCUGUCUGCAGAGAUCAACAUUAACCUGAACUGGAAAAAGUUUCCCACCCCAGUCACCUCCGCUCUGUCUGCGCCCAACCCGAGGAAGCCCGACGGGUACGAAUACUUCAUCUUCUCCUGGCCUAAAUUCUUCAACAUCAAGUUCAGUGGAGAGUUCCCCACUCUGGCAUCUCCUGCCAAACCUCCUGCCAAACCUCCUGCCCAGCAGAACGACAUCAGAAACUGGCUCAACUGUCCUUAAUUGACCUGCCCAUAAGGGACUGA